AUGGCGCUGAAGGAGGUUAUUCUAGAGCUUCCCAUCAUACGCGUUCUCUCUUCCUCUCAGCAACUUAAUGUUUUAGCCUCAGUGACCUCUGUUGGCCUGAUACUGGUGUCAUAUGUGGUCUACAACUCCAUAACGUCUUCGAAGCCAGGCUCAAUUCGCCGACUUGGAGGAUUCCCUGUCUUCACAGCUUGGACCUUCUUCACCAAAAGAUACGAUUUCGUCCGAAGCAACUUCAGUGGUUCCGAUCCUCACUUCAAGUUUAAGGUCCUUCACCACGACGUCGUUGCGUUCCGUGGCGAAGAAGCCCGAAAGACUUUCUUCGAUACAAAAAGUUUAGAUUUUAUUGAAGGGUAUAAGAUCCUUAUGGGAGCCGCGCCGAGCUUAAAAGAUAUUCAAGUGGAGGAAAAUACACAAGGAGACGUGUCAUGGUUCAACAAGCAAAUUGCAAUCCUUCUGAACAAGAACAGGCUGACCGAUGCCCUACCUUUUUUGCUCAAUGACGUUAACAACCGUAUGGAAUCUUGGGGCAAGAGCGCCAGGAUUGACCCUUUCAAGCACAUCUAUGAUCUUGUGUUCCAAAUGACUGUCCGAAUGGCAUCGUGUGAUGAGCUAGCCAAAGACGUGAAGACCAUCUCUGAGCUCCAAAGUCUGUAUUGGACACUAGAAAAAAGUGCUACCCCUACAGCCCUUUUGUUGCCUUGGUUCCCUAGUCCGGCAAAAAAGAGAAAGGAAGUUGCGACUAAGGAGCUAUUUAUGAAGCUUUAUGGAUUUGUCGAGGCCCGCAGACAUGCAACCGUCCCCUCCACGGAUGCUAUCGAUGUGCUGCUAGGCCAGGGAAUGGACACCCCAAAUAUUGUCCAGUUCGUUCUUAGUGUCAUCUUCGCCGGAGUUAUCAAUACAGGUAUUAACUCUUGCUGGGCAAUUGUGUACCUUGCUUCCCAUCCUGAGUGGAAGGCUAAAGUCAAGGCUGAGAUUAAUUCUUUAAUCGAGAAACACACCAACACUGUGUCCACCGAGCCCCUUCAUAAGCGCCUUGCUGCCAUCCCCAUCUCCGCGUGGGACGAUGAGCUGCCGGUACUGGAACUUGUCAUCCGUGAAACUCUCCGACUUGCUAUUUCUGGAACUGCCCUUCGCCGAAAUUUGAUUGAAGAGCUUACUAUCGCUAAUGGUCAAGUCAAGAAAGGAGAUUUCGUCGCAUAUUCUCUUGCCGAUGUUCACUUGAACCCAGACAUCUACGAACAACCCGAGAAGUUCGACCCUUCUCGCUUCGAAGCAGGCCGAGAGGAAGACAAGAAAGGAACGUUCUCAUUCCUCGGAUGGGGUGCCGGUCGUCACCCCUGCUCCGGAAUGAAGAUUGCCAAACUCGAAAUCAAAGUCAUCAUGGCUAUGAUGCUUGCCGGAUUUGACUUCGAUAUCGUCGACAAGAAUGGCAAACCUUUGAAGGAACUCCCACAACCCGACCGGAACGAUAUUCAUCAGGCCAGGCCCCUAGGGGAGCCAUGCUUCCUUCAGGUCGAGCGUAUCGCUGAGUAA